GGAUUGGAGACGUCAGUAGGCUGCGACGCGAUCUUGCGUCUGUCAUACAAACAAGAAAGAGUAUCCAAAAACACAGAAUAACUCCUGCUGAUGCAACUCAUAAAGAUGGCAUUUAUUAAAGAGGAAAGUGAAGACAUCAGGAUUGAAGAAGCAUUCGGCGUAAAACAUGAAGAUACUGAGGAACAAAUAGGUCUAAUGGCACUGAAAGAGGAGUGUCAAGAACUGGAUGAAAUGGAAGAGACAAAUCAGUGUGAAAAAAAUAAUAAUUUCAUUACUGUAGAAAAAUCCACACAAACUGAAAAGGCUUCCCCACAAAAAGGAUCUCAGAAGAUUGAAUCCAACAGUUAUUUUACCUGCCAUCAGUGCGAAAAGAGUUUCAAUCAAAAACAAAACCUUGAAGUCCACAUGAGAAUUCACACUGGAGAGAAGCCUUUCACCUGCCAGCAGUGUGGAAAAAGUUUCACUCAAAAACAAAACCUUAAAGUACACAUGAGAGUUCACACUGGAGAGAAGCCUUACACCUGCCAAGAGUGUGGACAGAGUUUUACACAUAAAGGAAACCUUAAUACCCACAUGAGAAGUCACACUGGAGAGAUCUCUUUCACAUGCCAGCUGUGUGGGAAGCACUUCUCACGAAAAGAAAGUCUUCAGACUCACAUGAGAAUUCACACUGGAGAGAAGCCAUACACAUGUGGUCAGUGUGGAAAGAGUUUCAGAUGUAAAGUAAACCUUAAUUGCCACAUGAGGAUUCACUCAAGAGAGAAAAGUUUUAUAUGUCAUCAGUGUGGAAUAAGUUUCACAGAAAGCAAUCACCUUAAGAAUCAUGUAGUAACUCACAUCGGAGAGAAGCCUUUCAUAUGCCAUCACUGUGGAAAGACUUGCUCAAAUAAGGCAAUCCUUGAGGUUCACAUAAGAGUUCACACUGGAGAAAGACCUUUCAUCUGUCCUCAGUGUGGAAAGAGUUUCACGCUUAAAGGAAACCUUAACAUUCACAUGAGGCUUCACACUGGAGAGAGGCCUUUCACUUGUCAUCAGUGUGAAACGAGUUUCACUUUUCACACAGACCUGAAACGUCAUUUGCAAACUCAUUCUGAAAAGAAAUUGUAGUGUUCCUCAUUGUGGAUUCCUCACGUUUACAAAAAAGAGCAUUCACUCUGAAAGAAUACUAUUUAAUUUUGAUCAGUGGAAUAAAAAUGGUCAUCAAAAUUAUAGAUAGACCUGAAUCAUAUAUUUGAUUUUAUAUUUGAUUAUUAAAUACAACAAAAGCAACAGAUUGAAUAAAUUACCUUCCCUAUUGCCGUGAAAUUCCACAACUUAAAUU